CUUCCAGCAUUGACUGUAGCUGCUGCCACUCUAACUGACAUUUCUUUUGAAUUCUGCUAUGGAGAGUGCCUGUGAUGCCAGCUGCUGGCUUGUGAACUUUUAUCCUUUUAUUCUUUUUGCUUGAUAACUCAUUAAUGAGACCUCAUGGAUAUUGAGAAAUAAACCACAAUCAGUUUCCUCUUUAUGCUUUUCUUCUGUGGUUUUUUUUUUGUAUGUGUGCGCGGUGGAAAAAGAACAGAGUGAAAGAAGCAGCACUUACAUUUGGAUAAGGACUAUAUUUACAUACCUGAAGUUAACUGAAUUAAUCCUGGCAUCCAAGAUGGAUCUCAAGUGUGCUCUGGAAGAAUGUUCAAUGGCACUGAACUUAUUUCUGAACAAUAAGUUCUCUGAAGCCCUGGAACUACUUCGUCCAUGGUCUAAAGAUAGUAUGUACCAUGCCCUUGGGUACAGCACUAUUUUAGUUAUGCAAGCUGCUAUGACCUUUGAACAGCAGGAUAUACAAAUGGGAAUUUCUACAAUGAAGGAAGCUUUGCAAACCUGCCAAAGAUUCAGGAAAAGAAGCACGGUGGUGGAAUCCUUGUCCAAUCUAGUAUCUAAACAGUCAGUGGAUCAGUUGAGUGAAGAGGAAAUGCAUGCUGAAAUCUGCUAUGCUGAAUGCUUACUACAGAAAGCAGCUCUCACCUUCGUACAGGAUGAAAACAUGAUCAACUUUAUCAAAGGUGGCCUCAAAAUUAGGACAAGUUACCAAAUAUACAAAGAAUGUCAUCAGGUGCUACAGAUGACUCAGGGGAGCAAAAGCAAAAAUGAAACUUAUCACCAGUUUGAAGGAGGAGUAAAUCUUGGAAUUGGAGCAUUCAACUUGAUGCUGUCGCUUUUACCAGGAAGGAUCCUCCGACUUUUAGAAUUUAUUGGAUUUUCUGGCAAUAGGGAGUUGGGCCUCUGUCAACUACGGGAAGGCGCAUCUGGCAGCAGUUUGAGGGCCAUUCUGUGUACUUUCACCCUGUUGGUUUAUCAUACUUACGUCUCCUUAAUCCUUGGUACAGGAGAAGCCAACCUUCAGGAAGCAGACAGUCUCCUUGAACCCUACCUCCAGAAAUUUCCAAAUGGUUCCAUUAUUCUAUUUUAUGCUGCCAGAAUAGAUAUACUGAAAGGAAAUUUUGAAAAGGCGCAGUUGAGGUUCCAAGAAUGCAUAGCAGCCCAGCAAGAGUGGAAACAGAUUCAUCAUCUCUGUUACUGGGAACUGAUGUGGUGCUACACCUUCCAGCAGAACUGGCUUCAAGCAUAUCGGUAUGCAGACCUGCUCAGCAAAGAGAGCAGGUGGUCUAAGGCAAUAUAUGUAUUCCAGAAGGCAGCAAUUCUAUGUAUGCUUCCAGAGGAUGAUUUGAAAAGGACUGGUGAGGACAUUGUAUCUUUAUUCAGACAAGUGGAUGGUCUAAAACAGAGAAUUGCAGGAAAAUCUAUCCCAACUGAGAAGUUUGCAGUAAGGAAAGCACGACGCUAUGCAAGUUCUCAACCAGUGAAGCUGAUAUUACCCGCCUUGGAAAUGAUGUAUGUCUGGAAUGGCUUUGCAAUUGUGGGCCAAAGAGCAGACCUCACUGAAAAUUUACUGGUAACAAUUGAAAAAGAAGAAACUGCAUUACAAAAUGAAACUAAUCACAGUGAAUAUUAUAUGGAUGAUGUGUGCAUGUUGCAGUUACUGAAGGGCCUCUGCCUGAAACACUUGGGAAGACUCAUGCAAGCUGAACUGUGUUUCAGUAAAGUAAUUCAAAGUGAGAAGCAAAUAAAAUAUGAUAGUUAUUUGGUGCCCUUCACCCUGUAUGAGUUGGGCCUCCUAUACAAACAACAGGAUGAGAGAGAAAAAGCAAUAAGAUACAUAGAAACUGCAAAAAACAACUACAAAGACUACUCUAUGGAGUCCAGGUUGCACUUCAGAAUUCAUGCAGCACUUGACAGCUUGAAGACGUCACCUGCUUCAACACCUUGAAUGAGGAGGGAUGUUUUUCAUGCAUACAAUAGCCUACACAAUCUUUUUGCAAUCUUUUUUUAAUCCUGGAGAAGAAACAACCUAAUGAUUGUUUUCUGUCAUCUCUGAUUUGAUGUAUGUCAUUCCUUUAGACUGUUCUUUUUCUGUAUAGCACAUAUAUCUACUUGAUACUUUAAAGAAGACCUUAUAUUUUGUUUGAUAAAAAUAAUUUAAUAUUUGACUUGAAUGGGGGAUAUUUUAAAAAAAAGUUGAUGGUGCAAUAAAGUUUAAUGCAAACACUUUAUUUUUUUACGUGAAAACAGAUGCUGGUUAUGCAGUGGAACUGGUGAUAAUUCCUGCAUUUUUUUGAAGGUUUGAUUUUCUGCAGUACGCUUGAGACCUUUUUGCCUCUGGAACAAAAAUGCAAUGUCUGCAGAUAACCUUACCCACGUUUGGCAUACCAUAAUCUGAAAUUUGUGUUCCAGAGGAAAAAAUUCAUCAUCUUAGACGUAAUUUCAUUUUGGGAAUAAAAUGAACCUGUCUGAAGUACAGUAUUUUUACACUGUCAGAUAAAGUUAAGCAGGGCUACAGGUAUAAUGUCUUUGCAGGUCUGUUUCACUCCAAGUGGUUACAGGGGAUAUUUUUCAGUCAUAGAAAAGCAGGGCUACUAGGGACAUGAAGAGGUCAUGUAUUCUGUAUUCUUGUCCUAAAGCAGAAUCAACAGUCUUAUGUCGUUCCUGACAGACUUGUUUAACCUGUUGGUUUCUUUUUAAAAAUGCUUGCACUGAGAGAAAUUUUGUAACUUACACAGGAUGUCUUUCCCUGUGGGAAAAGACUGGGAAAUUUUUCCUGAUGUCUACUCCAAAUAAUUCUUGGCACAACUGAAACUGAUUGCUUCCCAUCUUUCAUGUCAUGGAUCUGGAGAAAGGAUUGUUCUUUUCCUUUUUCGAAGCAGUCUUCUAAUAUUUAAGACUAACCCCCUUGUUGGUAUUCUGUGUUCUUGGAUUCCAACCAAAGUAAAUAAAAAUUUGCAGGAUUUAUUUAUUUUCCUAAUAAUUGGAAUAACUCAUUAAUGCAAGUUGUUUGUGCAUCAAAAAAUUAAUCCACUUUUAAACUUCAAGUUAAGAAAAUGUGCAUAUUCUAAUUAUAACUUUCUACCAAAAAUGUAUAGUAAAAUUGAUACACUUAUAAGUGCAUGUAUUUUUCUUUUCAUGUUAAUAUGUGAGCAGCAGUAUCCAAUUAAGUUUCCCAAUUCAUUAUAUAUGCAGAUUCUGCUAGCUGUCUAUUCUUAAAAAUAAGAAUAUACUUUAUUUUUAUUUAAACUGUUUAUUUAACUGUUCUUUCACUAAUUGCUGCAGAACUUGCCCAUUUCCAUAUUUCAUUAAUGCCAGUAUAUUUACUUCUGCACAGUAAAUUCAUAGUAACUAUGCUCCUGUAUGUGAUUGUCUGCCUUUAACUCCCAUCCAAGAAAAAACAGAACAAAAGAAAUAGGCGAAAAAUGUAUUGUCAGUAAAUGAGUUACUGAAGGUUUCUAAUUCAACAGUCAAUAUGAUGUAAGUGCUAUAGUUAUUCUUCUCAGGUGACUGAGAGCACAGCUUUCUUCUAUGACUUUAUAAAUAACUGAGUCAUUUAAUUGCAUAUAAAUCUGUAAUACAGUGGCAUACUUACAGGUGAAGUAAGAGUUUAAAAGUAUUAGCUAAAUAAACAUAACUGGUCUUUCAAAGUGGAAGCCUGAUCCAAAGUCUGUCUUUACCAGUUUGUAUUUGUGCCUAUUGUAAAUGCGUAACUAAAUUAUCCUGUAAAAUUAUACACAUACAGGUUUGAAGCUUAGAUACCCGAGAUGCUUAUUUUAAAAUAUAUUCUGUUGACUGUACUUGUAAAGUACAAAAGAUAUUUGUCUCUUUGUCAACAGAGAUUAGCAUAUGCCACCAAUUGACUUCUCUAAUUACUUGCCUGUUUAUACACAUCUGAUUAUAAGCUGUAGGCAGCAAAAAUAAAAUUCUGUACAUUAUAUUUUCAGAUGAUACUUUAAAUACCUCUUUGGGUAUUUACAUGUUCAGUUUAGGAUUAUUUUGGUUUAAUCUGAUUAUUGUAUUGUAGCUAUUAAAUGGGACUAUUUCAUUUUCUCAUGAAAGAUUGUGAAAACAGUUGCCAGUAAAACUUCUAUAAAUUGUGUUUCAAAUAGUAAUUUACAGAAGAGUUAGAACUGGGACUACAGACUCAGGAUGGAGCAUCUGAGCUCUUGUUCCUGUGGGGAGUGUCUUGCAGUUAGUAUUUUAUGGGUGAUUUGGGAUACAAAUCAAAAUUAACAGAAAGUAAACAAUGAGCUUCCUUAGAAGCUGAUUUUUUGAAAGUUUAGUACAAAGUGUUGUGUAGCAGUGUACUUUUUUCAUGGAUAAUGAUACUGACUGCAGAGAGAGUAAAAGAGAACUUUGUUUUCUUCAGUUCAGCCUUCCAAAGUCAAUAUUAACACCCUGUGUAUGUUACACUUUGUCUCUUUUUGGGAUCAGCCUUUUUGCACUCAUGCAGAGAACAGGCAUAUCAGCACAAACUUGCAAUACCCUCUGUAGUGUUUUGAUGCCCUGAGGUCCCCAGCGUAAGUACUGUUUACAGCUUGUCUCCUUUUCUAUCCUGCUGUUCCAAACUUGUUUGUCAGAAUGCCCAAUUGAUCAAGUUUCUUAGCUUUAUUCUGGAUUUUUUUUCCAGCUUAUUAAGGGUUGAAAUAUAAAUGUGUGAGAGUGAUUUGUAGCCCUUCACUUAAGGUAGGUCUCAGUAGAGCUGUAGAGAUGCUUUGUUUUCCCAGUGCUGCAGAAGAAGCGCAUGUCUCCCCGACACAAUAUGUCAUUGAUGCAGUAUUAUUUAGUACUGCAGUAUUAUGUCUAAGUUAAGUGAUUUGCGGUUAAGAGUUCACAUGAAAAGUCUAUGGCUUUUUUUUUUUUUAACCUGCUGUAUACUGUACUGGGCCUUAAAUACAACUCUGGUUUAGUCUUACUGCUGUUUAUAAUCUUCACCUCACUUGUUCAUGUCCCAUGGGAGUUUUGAAUAAUGUGCUGAAACUGUGAGCAAAGCAGAGCAUUUACCUAUGAUGCUAUAACCUCCACUGAUAAUAUUAGCAAUUAUAAUAUAUAUAAGAGCAAAGCUAAGUCCUUAGUUUAAGUAAGCAAGGCUAAACUUACAGUUAUGUUACGACAAAAGGUCAUUCUGAUCUUUCCGAUAAUAGAUGUAUAUUUUUUUAAGGUGAGGAAUAAUAAAGUAGCCUGGUUAUAAGACAAACCUUCUCUUUGAUUAAGAAUUGUCUACUUAGAAAAUAUUGCAAAAAAACUUCUUGUCUGUGCAUAUCAUUCAGAUGUUUAGUGUUUUGGUGAAAGACUGUUGUGUUAUCAUUUUUAAGUCCUAGCUCUCACCACUUUUUAACAGAAAUUGAAAGAAAAUACAUGUUAAAAGAAAGCUGAUUAAAGUUUGUUUUCAUGUCUGUUCUAAUAUGCAUGGGUAGGAGCUGUAGUUAGCACCUUAUGGCCAGAAAAAUGUACAAUAAUCAGAUCCUGUUACGUUUUCAAAAAACCUUGCCAACUAAUGUUUAAAAGAAGGAAUUUCUUGUAACAAAUCCAACUUAUACUUUGCAAUUAUUUUAUUACUAAUCUUAAUGUUUAAUGUUCUUUUGUUUCUGUAUAUUCUUACACUGCAUAGUUCAACAAAGAAUGUUUAUAUUUGCACUGGUGGUACGGAUUAUUUGCUUCUAAACUAUUGAGGUUUGCACAUGUUCAUAUCUGGUACUUGAGUAAAAGCAAGGUCAGAAUAAUGAAGACUGAGGGAUGAUGAAGUACAUUCUGAUUUUAAGAGCAUGUAGAAGUGUUCAUUGUGAUGCAUUGGAAUGAUUCUCACUUCAGAGGAAUAAAUCACACUUUAUGCUUGUGCUACCGAGUGCUGAAUUUGGCACUGUAUUCUAGUUGUGCAUAAAGAACCUUCACCUGAGAUUUAUCAAAACAAUAUUUAAAGAAAAAAGGCCUGAUCUCAAGUUUAAACACACUAACUUGGGCAUAUAGCUCUUUCUAUGCAACCUAUCUAGGCUGAGAGGUUGUACAAAGCUAUCAAGGUCUAGGAGAGAAUAAAAGGUCUUUGGAAAUGUAGAGAGCAAGUAUAAAAUAAACUACUUUAGUCUUUAUUUCUCACCAGAGAUCAAAUAAUAACUUUAAUCACUCCGGUAUUUUAUACCAUUUAAUAAUUAACUCAUUCUGUUAUCAGUUAUGUCACUGAAUUCAGUGAGAACUAGACAUAAUAUACUCCUAAGAGUGUUUUAAAAUCCCAACAUUAAAAACGGGGAGAAAAUUAUUUCUUUACAUGUGUGCAGGACUUGGUUUUAGUAACAUUGAACACCUACUUUUCUAAAAGUUAUUUUUUAAUGUGGCAUGGUUAAAUGUUUGCAUAGCUGCAUGUAAUUUUACGUGAUGCUUCCCAGCAAAUAGGUCAACUUAAUUACUAUGGUUUGAAUGAUAAGAAUGAUGAUUAUAGUUAUAAGAACAGACAGUUGCUAAUGUAGCUCACAGAAAGGCCAAAGAAUGGAGAUGCCUCUGUAUACUUGUUGUUCUCUGUAAGACACUAAUUACAACAUUAGACAUACCAUAGUCCAGAAUAAAACCUUUGUAGCUAGAUUAGAGGGCUUGCAGAGCAUUGAAUAAAGGAAGUACAUUGAAUAGAAGAAGGAAAAGGAAGACACACUGAAGAAAGAUACAGGCACAAAAAUAGGAACUACAUCUGCAUUCUUGCAAGCAUUUGGCAGAAGUUGUGUUACAUUUCUGAGGCUAAGCUAUAGUUACCUCAUCAGCUCAACACUUGGACUUCCUGUAUUCCAGUCAGGGGAAGGAUAUCAGCAGUGCUGGGACCUUAGCUCAGUUUGGUUGGUUGUGGGGGUUUUUGUUGUUUUUAAAUCUGGUCUUGUCACUUACUCAUUUUCGAAUAAAUUCUGUAGGACAGCUUCAUAAAAAAAUUUAAGUAUUGUGGCUCUGAACUUUGCAGUUUGUAGAAGAGUAGCCUCUGGAAAAAAUCAGAGCCUCUGGUUAGCACAGCAAAUCAAUGUUUAAUGAAUGCAAAAUUAAAUAUUCUGCUUUUUCUAGAAACAUAAGCAUGCAGUUCCAGUCUAUGGGGAAGCACAUGUCAGCUAGUAAUCGCACCAAGGAAUACCUUCUUAGAUGUAGUCACUCAUUUAAAGAGGUAACUUCUUCAAAGGCAUUAGCAGUAGGAGCUGUCUGUUGUCUGUGCCGUGCUUUUGUACCAUAAAAACUGUAGUUAGAGCAUCCAGGCUGAGUGGGCCAGAUUCAAUACCUACCUUAUCUGAAGCCAUAGGAUGAAGAAUACUCAGUGUUGAUGACAUGCCACUGUGUGGGAAAACUGUUAAGGUUUUACUGAAAUCUCAUUUGAGAGGUUAAAUCCUUAUAUAUUGGAGCAUGUAAAUGUGGAUCUCAAAGCUAAUUUUCUUACCAUGAAAUGGGUGUAAGACUAUAUUAAGAUAACUUUUUUCGAGAUGCUUAAAUGACCUGCUCUUAUUUCAGUAUCUAAAAUCAGGGUGGAUGGAUAUGUAAAAUUAGGUUAAUGCUACUUAUAUAGCUUAUGUUAGGCUUAACUUGUUUCAGAGCAUUAGGAGAUCUUCAGAAUUAAACUUGAUGUAGAAAAGAGGGCAGUAUGAAUUUAAGUAUGGUUUUAUUUUUAAUACAGUUUUACUCAAGGGGAUAGAGCUUAUGUCCAGGCAAAACACAACGUCUAAAUAUGCUGAGGUAUAGGUAUAAAGCUUCCAUCCAAAACACCCAACCCAUCUUGAUUAGAUUAUUUCUCUGUCUUCUAAGAGAGGUUCUGUGUUGCAUGCAUUGAUGAACCUACUUAAACAAUAUUCUAAAAAGGAAUCCAGCUGUAGUUCAAAAUUUUAUAUGUGGUUUAGAAUGUGCAUGCUCAAGCUUUACUUUGACAAGAUGCUUGCCUUAAAUCUCUUUACAAACUCUACAGUUACAUUAAUACAAUUGCUUCAAAUCAAUUUGCAUUAUUUUUUACAUAGAAACAUUCAAAACUUCCCAUCAUUGUUGACAAUGAGAAAAUGUUAGAUGUUUUUUCACCUACUAUUCAUUGUUUUAUACACUUGGAAAGAAGAUGAAUUGAAAGAAAAGUUUAUGCUUGUUUUGUGUGUAAUACAAAUAAAGUUCAAGAUUGUUUUCUUUUCACAACCCAAAUGGGAAGUGCUCCUCCUGUAUUUUACAUGAAUUUUACUCUAUUGUCCAUAUUCUGUGGAAGCAAUUUAUUUAAUUUAUUCCAGUCAAUAAUACAAAUAAUAUGAUAAUCA